UAGGGGUUUAAGGAGUAAUGCAGAAUAGGCCCGAAAAAACAUAGUGUAAAAAAAUCGAUAACAUCUUUAAAAAAAUCCAAGAAAAAUGGAUUCAAAUAGAAGGAACCGUAGAAAGAAAUGUCGAUUUGGUGUAACUACAGAACUAAAUGGACUGGAAACGAGUCACACGAGCAAUUCAAGUUACCUGGGCCAUAUCUGCACUUACUUGAUACUGUCGAGCCUGAUUGUAAUAGUUUUCUUGCUUAUGGAGUACAACUGCACCACUUGUAAGGCGAAAUGUGACUUAAACUGUAUCAGUAAGAACGUCGAGAAUAUAUCUAGUCACUUAAGUUUCAUGAAAGACAACUAUAAAAAAUUGGAAAAUCAAGUAUUAAAAUUGUCCCGUGAGUUCCCCAAAUUUGAAGGGCAAUUAGAAGUAUUGGAAACUCUUGCUAACACUCUCGAUGCUACCGAAAAUGGCUGGGAUCCGAAAACACAAGAGCCUUUGCCAUAUGUCGGUGUAUCACUUGAGUAUUCGAGAAAAACAUUCCGAGGAUUGAAUAAAAGUACACAAAAUCCGUAUGCAAUGGACGUCAACGUAGGUUAAAAUAAACGGUGGAUAACAAAAAAAAAAUCUUCUCCUAAUUUU